UUUUAUUGUUUGUAUCGGGAAAAGAGCGCUUCCAAAUUCUUGUUUUUUAUUUUCAUGUUGCAGAUGCAUAAAAAAAAAUCUUUGCAUCAUUAGGUCCUUUUUAUUUUCUUUUUUAACUCUUUAACUGCGCAAUAAAAGUAGCGUGCGUUUGGCUUAUUAAAGAAAAAUCUUUUUAUCUUAUCAAAUCUUUUUGCAUGUCUUAAAAGUUUAGUAUUAACCUAAACGAUAAUAUAUUUCAUUUAAGAAAUUACAGUUUUUAUUACGAAAGUCGAAUAAUACUUUGCGACUUUACUCCAACCUUCAAAGUUUUAAUUCUGCAUAUUUUUUCCAUCUAUAUUUGAAUUCUUACUGUCCUGCGUUAUUUUUUUGAUUGAGGGACCAAAUUUUAAAUUUUUGGAAUCAUUUUAAUAUUUUACAAAAUUAUUGCAUUCCUUGUAGUGUGAGAAUUACGAAUUUUAUUGCAUAUCAUAAAUUUGCAAACUUUGAUUCUUUCCGAAUUUUUGACUUCAUAGUAUACCUAGAGAAUAAAAUAACAUUACAGAAAACAAUUAGCAUCGAUAACUAUCCAUAGAAAUCAGUAACGUAAUUUAUAUAGUACAGGAAGCGAGUAAUAAAUUAAUUAAAGAAGCUUUGAUUGUCAUUGCAUUCAAUUCUAGAAGUUCUUUAUGCACUUACUUCAUUAGACAUUUCAAUCAACAGUUUAGAAGUCAAUUUACCUUUAAAUUUGUGGAAGAAUGUUUCGUAAGAAAAUUUAUUAUUGUGUUGAAACUGUUAGUAGUAAACUAUGGUACAAAUCAAGUAGACCUUUUUUUAAACAUUCACAUUCAACAAAUGGUCAAACUUUUCCUUUCACACAAACUCUUGUAGCAUCUGUUGCUGCCUUUGGCAUAACUCUAUACAUUGCUCAUAAAAAUAAAAUUUCUUGCGAGCUUGACUUGAACCCAAGAAAUGUCAUCGAAGUAAUUGAUGAAGAUGAACUUUAUGAUAAAGCUAUUAAAAAUAGUCGUGAUAUUCUACAGCGUGUCAAGGAUGAAUGUGGAAUUCCUGGUCUUGUUGUUGGUGUCAGUAUUGAUGGACGAACUGUAUGGAAAGAAGGUUUUGGAUAUGCUGAUGUCGAAAAUAGAGUUUUGUGUACUUCUGACACCGUUAUGAGAAUUGCAAGCAUUAGUAAAAGUAUUACCAUGGCUGCUGUUGCUAAAUUGUGGGAGCAAGGGAAACUAGAUGUUGACAAACCUGUGCAAGAAUAUGUACCAUCUUUUCCACCAAAAUUUUAUGGUGGAAAACCAGUUACUAUAACAUGUCGACAGCUUGUUUCUCAUUUGGGUGGGAUCAGACAUUAUUCUGAUGAUAAAAGUGAACCCAAAAAAACAGAUGGGAAAUCAAACAACAGUGAAAAAAAAGAAGAAAUGGAUUUAAAAGAAUAUUAUAUGACUACAAAACAUAAUGAUCUACAGUCAGCCCUGGAUAUGUUUAAAGAUGAUCCUCUUGUUGAAAGUCCUGGUACCAAGUUUUUGUAUAGUACUCACGGUUGGACUCUGGUCAGUGCAAUUGUAGAAGCAGUAGCUAAGGAACAAUUCACUGUUCAUAUCACUAAAAUGUUCAAAACGCUAGGGUUAAACAAUACUUAUCUCGAUGAAAAUGAAGUUUUGAUAUAUAACAGAUCAAGAAAUUACAUGAAGAACAAGAAAGGAAUCCUAAUUAAUGCACCUUAUGUCGACAAUUCAUACAAAUGGGCGGGAGGAGGAUUUUUAUCUACUGUUGGUGACUUAAUGCAGUUUGCUAAUGCAAUGUUGUAUAGUUUACAGGCUAAAGGUCCAAAUGUGUUUUCCAACAUCAGUUCAUCACUAGGAAAAAGUGCUGAAAGCAGCACUGAUAAAGAAGAGAGUAACACUGAUGAUCAACCUUUGAAUUCUGUCGAUCAAAAACCACUUCCUGGUUUUCUAAAUUCAAAAACAAUUGAGGCCAUGUGGGAACCUGUCCCACCCGCUCCUAAUUAUGGAAUGGGGUGGAGUGUGCACUUACAAAAGCAAGAGUGUGAAUUUUGUAACAAAAGUAAAUUUUGUGUUUAUCAUACCGGAAGUGCUGUUGGCGCUAGUAGUGUGCUACUGAUUGUACCAGCAAGAAAUAGCAAAAGUAAGCAUUUGAACCCUGAGCCUUCUUCUGUACCAAAAGGUACUGUUGUAGUUGUACUUAGUAAUAUGCACAAUAUUUCCUUGUUUCCAGCAGCAUUGAAAAUUUCUCAACAAUUUGAUAAGCAGUGAUUUUUAAACUACUUUUUAUAUAAUUUUAGUCGUUUUUAAAAAUCACAUUGCACAAAAAAUAAUCCUGUCCGAAAGCGCGUUAAUUAUAUAUUUAGCGAUGAUUUUAAAUAUAUUGAAAUAUUAUGUUUGUCUUUUAAUGAUAUUGAUCAGUUUUUAACUUCUAAAAGAUAUCUUUCAUUCUUAUUGUUGGGGGAAAAUUGAGCUUUAUUUCAACUAAAUUACAUUAUGAAAGAAUUAAAAUUAUAUCAAAUGAAACUUUUUUUGUUGCUAUAGAUAAAAGCUAUCAGCAUUGAAGCACCAUAGGAUCAUUAAAAUUUUGGCAUUUGGCUAGAUAUAUAUUGUCAUAGGAGUCAAUGAAUAUAUUUUGAGGUGCAUCUUGAUUAACUUUCAUACAAUUCCUAACUUAAUAGUUAUAAAUAUAUCAAUUUGAGCAUGUAAAAAAAGUUGUUAAAAGUACGAAAAUGUCUCACUUUGAUUAUGUGCAUUUUAACUGAGACAUUAUGGUUUUAAAGAGACAACACGUUUGAUGCUGCUUAGGUUAUUCAGUAGACAUGUCCUUUGCAAAAAGAGGGCCACAUUCUUCAAAUAUAUAUAUAUUAUAGUUAAACAUAACAAAUUGAAAAAUUUUCAUUUCAGAUAGUGUAUCAAUUAUGCGUGUCCUGCACACACUUUUCAGAUCCUUGAUAAUUCCUCAAAGUCUUUCUAUCACAGAAUUCCUAUUUUCAUUAUUUAUUUUGAUCUGGACGUCUCGGGUUCGAGUCCUGGUUCAGGUAUGGUAGUUUCUUACCCUGUGUUCUAUCUGUGAGGCGUGUGAAAGAGUCCCCAUGCAAAAAGGGGUUGUACAAGUGAGUGUCAUCUUCAUAUAAGCUAGAAGUAAGACUUCUGCCCUCGGGUGCUCAGGGGCCUUUACCCUCAGAGGCUGCUGCACUAACUCGGCUUAAAAUCUGCUAUGACAAAUGCCAUAAGUAACAACAGAACCAUGUGAAUUAAAAAAAAAAAAAAAAACUCUGAGUAGUAUGUUUAGUUAAGUUUUUUUUUCUCAUUUUGUUGGAAAUAUUGUAGUUUCACAGACUUGGGUUAUUGGAUGCAUCCAUCAAGUCAAUGUGAUAUUAUUUCAGCUUUUUACUGACCUGAUAUUAGCGCAAUGUUUUUACUAGUCUAAAUACGUCAAAAUUUUGAAAUGCCUUGAUACUCAAAUUUUUAUUUUUUUCCCCCUUUUGUAAUUUAAGCAAUGAAUAACUCCAAAAAUUCAGGUGCCCCCAUCUUAGCUGAAUUUUAUCUAAAGUUCAACCCUCUCUCUGGAUCUCAAUUGCCUUCAUUUGCAUGUGAUUAGUUCUAUAUUUAUCAUGGGGAAUCCCUAUUUUUCAAAAGUUUAGAAUUUAUAAACUGCAAUUCAGUUUUAAGGCUUACUAUAUUCUCCAUGUAUUUUUUUUUUUUUUUUUUUAUUUGACGUAGUUUUAUCAAAACUUACUUAUAUGCAUAGUUUGAAACCUAAAUUUUUGGUACAAUAUUUUUUCCAAAGUCAAUUCAUACUGAAAUAAUUCAGGUAAAUUGUGCCUCACAAAUUGAAAUUUGGAAUUCUCUGCACAUCUUCCAUUUAAUAUUUGCAGUAUCAUGAAUAGUAUAUAUCUCAUUCGCAUAAAAGUAAGAUUAUGCCAACUUACCUUUAUAUUUACUUGAUAUUCUUGCUUAACUCCAAAAAAGAAGUUAUAUCCCAAUAAUAAUAAAUAAAUAUGAGAGUAAAGGGCAGAAUUCACGUAUCAAAGAAUUUUAACUAGAUGAAUCGCAUCACGUAUCUACUUGCUACCCUAAACGAACGCAGAAAGUAUCUAAAAUGCAAAUUAAACAUGAUUCUGAAGAAAAGACAAAUCGUAUCAUAAAAACAUUUGUGCAGAAGAUUAAUCUGAGCAUAAAGAAUUUUUUUACAGGACUUGUUUUCAACAAAACUUUUACAGUUUACUUUUCUUCUCUUCCUUUGAAAAUAUAAUUCUAGUUUUUAUGCUAAAAUUUUUUGUCCCUUUUAAAACUUUGUUUGAAUUGUUUAAUUUCAUUUUCUACUUAUAUUAAAAUCCACCAUGUUCAUGAGAAUUAUGACGGUAAAAAAUGAAAAUUGCAUUGAUAUUUUUGAAUUUAUAAUAUAUUUAAUGAUUUUUACUUAAAUUAUUUAUUAGAUCGAUUUUUUUAUAAGUUAGCUAUUAUGAACUUGCAAGCUUCUCAUAAUGAGAUGUUAUGCAUCAUGCAAUAUAAUUUGUAGUUGCAUGUUAGAUAUCAUCCAAAAUCCCAUUUGUCAUGAGACUAACCUAUCAGAUGAAUUCUUUCUUUAGAUCUUUCACUAACGUAAUGCUUUCAUUGGCUGGCGCACAAAAAUAUUCUUUGUGGAUAUGCAAGUUAAACUUGCUUGAUAAAGAUAUGUAUGUUUUAUCUUAUCAUUAACUAAUACAUGAUUGCUCUAGUGUUUAUAUUAGUUUGGAGAGUCUCGGAUUUUUUAGCUAAAAUUAAACGAUUAAUAUUUUUAAAAAAGAUUAACCCUUAUGUUCAUUUUGUAUAGCAUACCAUACAUACAACUUUAUAAAAAUAUACUACCACUAUAAAAUAAUUUUUAACUUAAUUAAUAAAUUAAUUUAAAAUAAUUCUUACAAAUUUUUAUAUAUACAUGUUUUUUGCUUUUCUUCAAAAAAGCAGUCUUGCCACGAUAAGGGUUAAUUAGAUUUCAUUUUUAAGUAUUUAUUCCAGAGUUCUCCUUUCUAAUUUUCACUAUAUACAGGAUAUGGUCAUCCUUAUUUGGCAUGAGAAAGAAAAUAAGUUUUUCACCUCUCUGAUUAUAUUUCCUUUGCAUACAUUUCUAUAUGCAUACAUUAUCAAAAAAAAGUAUUUGGAUACAUACGUGUUGUAUUUUUCUGUGUUAGUAUUUUUGGCUCAAUUAAAGUGAUUAAAUUUAUUAACAAUGUCUUCAGCAGAAAGGUGUAAAUUUGUUUUCAAUGCAAAGUUCCAAAAUGACUUUUGUUGCUUCAAGAAUGUAGAUGCAUUGAAUUCAAAAAUCAAGUUCAUUUUUUAAAACCUUGUUGCGAAAAUAUGAAGUGGUGGCGAUUCUCCUGUGCCACCAAGAUAAAUCUAAGAGUACGUUUAUCCCUUUCAAAUGACAGCUUUUUUAUGACUGUAAAGUUGAACGUUUUGAGAAUAAAACUGGGUGAAUUUUUUUUCCGCGACUGUACUUUUGUUGGCUCGUUUUAAUGUAAUUAGAUAAUAUUUGCUUGAUUUGUAUGUACAGGUGGUUAUCAAAAUAAUGGAAACACCUUAGAUUUAUAAAGAAUCCUUUAUUAGUAUAGUAUAGGACCGCCUUUAGCAUGUAAUACAGCUUGUAUUCGCCUAGGAAUCAGUUCAUAAAAGUGUUGAAUAGUGUUUAGAGGAAUAUUUUACCAUUCUUCCUGGAGAUAUUAUGAAAGUUCUGGGAGAGAUGCCGGUAGAGGAUAUGGAUUCCGUAUUGAAUGCUCUAAGAUAGACCAUAACGGUUCAAUUAUAUUGAGUUUCUGUGACUGUGUGGGCCAAGGCAGAUGUUUAAUUUCAUCCUCGUGUUAAUAAAACCAUGAUUGGACAAGUCUCGCUGCAUGGAUAGGUCCAUUAUCAUCCUGGAAAAUUUCAUCUCUUGCAGAAAACAAAGUUUGCAUCAUAGGAUGGAACUGGUCAACUAAAAUUUCUCUACUUCUCCCCAGUGAUCCUUUCUUUCAGGGUUAUGAUUGAUACAGCGGAAAAUUACGACAUGGCUGCCCAUAUCAUGACAGAUCCACCUCCAUGCUUGACAGUUGGAAGGAGACAGUCACGGUCAUACGCUUGUGUGGGUGUCCUCCAAACGUGCACCCGUCCUGUUGUAGUGAAAAGUGUGAAAUACGAUUCGUCAGCCCAUAUUACUUUCUUCUUUCUAUCAAUCGACCAGGUUCUGUGAGUGUGACACCACUAUAGACGAUGUUUGUCAUUAACAUCUGUGACAAGUGGCUUGGGAAUUGCUGCUCUGCCAUAAAUGUUCUGUUUAUGAAGGUGCCUUCUAACUAAUCGCUGAUACCGGAGAAUCCAGAUGGGGAUUAAGCUCUGCGGUCACUUUUGUUGCAGUUUUUCGCUUUUUAGACAUUACAAUCCGCUUCAAUGCCCGUCGGUCUCUUUCACUGAGCUUCUCUUUCCGCCCACUAUUUUUCUUUGCUGAGCUUGUCUUCCCGUGCUGUGUGUAUGCUGUCAUGACUUUAGACACCUUACCUCUAGAACCGCCGAAAAAUUGGAAUGUUUCGGUCACACUUGCUCCAACUAGACGGGCUCCUACAAUUUGGCCUCUGAAAAUCUGAGAGGAACGACAUUUUACGCUUUUGGAAAAAAUCCAAGAAUUACAGAAUAAAAAAAAAAAAAAAAAAAAGAUAACACAUACUACCAGAAUACAUACAUUACUAUUUAUUAAAAAAACUGGCGGCAAUUAUUAUAUUUUAAUGCUUACGAAGCGCAUUCAAAAAUGUCACUUUUAUUCACAGGUGUUUCCAUUAUUUUGAUAAACACUUGUAUAUGUGUGUUUUCUUUCCACUCUGUCAUCUCUUCGUAAUAAUAAUUUAUUUUUUUCUUUCUUUCGAUCAGCAACUGUUCACGAAUUAUUUUAACAAGAAUAAAGUAAUUGACAUGGUAUCAUUUAAUGCAGGAAGUCUUAACUGCACAAAUCAAAACAGAAGAAAACGCUUUUUACAACUACUCCCAAUCGUAUGAUUUCGGUCAUUUAUACGGAUUUAUAAAUUAAUAUUGCCUUUACAAAAUAAAAUUUAAAAUUUUUUAAUAACCUCAUACAUAGACAAAAUAAGUAAGUAAAAAAUUUUCCUACGAGAUCAAUUAAUUUACCUUAAAUCAAAACUGAAGAAAUAUUUUUUUUCAUUAAUUUGCUAAAAUGGGGCACAUUUACACAGUUCUCGUUUCGGAAGGGCAUUAACUGUGCUUAUUUAAUAGGUUCAGUCUCAAAACUUAUGUUUUAAUAAAGUUUCUGAUUAACUGCAUGUUACAACUUAUCCCUGUUACAACUUCCCCCUAUAUCAAUAACAUGCGAGCACAAUUAUGAGAAUAGCUAAGAACUACAUUCAGUGUCACAGCAAAGAGUUGUGGAGGAGGAUAUAAAUAUAGCAUCAACUUUUUAGUGAAAUAAGGGAGAUGGUGAAAAGCAUGAGAAAUUGUUGCAUUGUAUGUUGAGAAGCAUCACCCUAAUAAAUAAAUCUGAAGCGCUUAGCUCCUACUUAACUAUAAUGGCGCCUCAUUUUCGCCAAAUUUUAAAGCGUUGGCAAAAAUAAAUGUGUUUAGAUAACUUUCUUGUAAAAAAAAGCAUGUAUUAUAAAAACAACAACAUCGUUAUUAUUGGAAUGAAGCGCAUUAUCCUGUGGAAAAAAUUGUUUUGUUUAAAAAGUGUCUCAUUAAGAGUAAGAUUCGGAAACGAAUUAUGUUUGUUUAGCGAGGUUUCGCUGUAUUUGAUCAAAAAUGUUUCCUUCUUGAUUAUAUUAAAGCAUAAGUAUUAAAAGUAAUAAUGAAAAAUAUCGCAAGAGAGAGAGAAGAGAGAAAGUUUAAUUUCGGCCAAGCCCAGCUUCGAAUUGCAUCAAUUCCAGCGCUUCACUUGCAAAUUUUAUUGUUUAUGAAGUCAACUUUAGACCUUUUAACACUUGUGCCUUGUACAUUAAAUUACUUUUGAUUUUCGGCAGAACUGCGUUCCUCUGAGUCCUGCCUAUGUAUUACUUGUCUGUUGAUCAUCCCGCACCCCCCACAUACUGAUUAUCAACUUUUCAAUAUCGUGAGGUGAGGAAGUGCUAUGCGGAAAAAAAGGGGGGGGGGGCGAAAUAAUUUCAUGGGCAUUGCAGUUCUUUUAGAAGAGAUUCCAUCACUACUACUGCUAUGCUAUCUGUAUAUUUUGAAUUUUUCUCUCCAUGACUGAUUAGAUACUUGCAGUAAAAUCCACGCUAACGAAAAAAUCCUUCAGUUUCACAACUAAGGAAAUCAAUACGUUUCAGACUCUAAUAGAUUAAUUGAUAGCACUAAUGAAUAUAUUCAUUGAUGUGGCUGCAAAGAGGAAGAAGAAUUUUUCAACCAUCUUCCUAUAACAUUAAUCACUGCAGGACCUUGUAUCGCUGUACGAUGUCCAUCGAGUACUUAGUCAGUUGUCUCCAUUUUGAUGAUAAAGUUAGUCUUAACCGCAAAAGUGCCAUCUGCACCCUGCCAUAGCUUCCGGUGUAAGCUAAAUAACCCUCAUCAUCACGAUAACACUGUGGCUGAAACCAAGGUAAAUCGUAAUGGCAAUCAUUGCUCUCGGUAUAAACCCUUCCAUCAUCGAUAUGGAGGUAACCAAUCUCACACAUUUAAUUUAACAUUGAAAAUUUAGAAAAGUGAGAACUAAUCACUAUACCAGAAGAUUCUCAUCCCCAAUUUUUGUGGCCUCCCGGUGGGGUUCUACUAAAGAAGCGAAAUAAAAAAGAAUUAUUAGCUUUGCUCUGUCAAUUACUUUUGUAAAGUAUUUUUCAUAAGAUUUAGAAUGAUAUGAAAACCUGAGUACUAUGUCAAGAUCGAUGUGUUCAUAAAAUACGACAUUUUCGAAAUUUUAGGAAAGCAGUCAAAUCUAUUCUAUAUCUUCAUUAAAGAAUUACAGCGAUGGCAUAUCCAUUUCGGGGUAAUAGAAUUUUUUUUUAAAUUUAUCUAAAAAAGUCAUCCAUCUAUAGAGCGUUUUCUGAUAUCAAUAGUAUUUGGUAAUAUAUUAAGUUACUCUCUAUGGUGUUAAAUUGCUGAAGGCAUUGUUAAUUUCCAAGAAUAAGUAGUUAUGUUCAAAAUUGUGUCCAAUUCUACUGAUUUCUUUUAGCGAAGAAAAUUCUCUUGAAAUAGACUCGUAGUUCAAAUAUAUUAUUUAUCAUGAGAUCAGGCUAACUUAUUACUUGGCUGUGAUUUGCUAGACGAUGACCAUGCCCUUUUUAAAACUAAAUAUACUGAACUAAAUAAUCUGUUAUACUCAGAUUUUUGUAAAAGUAUAUAUAUUAUAUAUAAAUUAGUACCUAUACACACACACAUAUAUAUAUAUACUACAGUGUAAACAUGUGGUGUAAAAACAGAAUUGUUACUUAACUUUGUUCUUUCAAUCUUGAAAAUACUUGUUCUUUUAAU